GAAAGUCUGGACACUUCACUUUUUUCUUUAUCUGGGAUGUUGUUGUUCACAACUUCACAUUCACAUAUAAAUAUCUAAUUCAUGUCUACUAAUAAUAAGCACCACCAAAAGCGCUUAAUCCCGCGCCUUGAUCGGAGAAAUGCCGCGAAAAACAUCGAUUACGAUGCAUCCACAUCAUCAUCAUCCUCCUCCUCUGACGGAUCGAGUCACCGGAACCGAUCGCUUUCCGAUCAAACUAGUUUCCGAAUUGGAGGUUAUGACGGCGAGAUUGACUUCAUUUGUCAAAGUUUAGGCCUCUCACCUGAGGACCUUUUUAUUAACCCAGUUGAAUGGAACGCUCACAAUCAUAGUAUCAAUCAUGACGUCACUGUUUCUCGAUAUAAUUAUGUUGUUCAGAAUUCUGUUACUAAAGUUGGGGCCAGUAAUGAUGAUUAUGAAGAUGACGUCACCGUUCGCCGAAAUGAUGUUGGGGAUGACGUCACUGUUUGUGGAAAUAUUGAUGUAGUUCAGUUGAGGAAUGAUUGUGUUUGUUUAGAUAUUAAUAUUAAUAAUAGUAAUAAUAAUGAGGAUGGUGUGACUAAAGGACUUGAGAGAUGGAAUAAGGAAAGUGAAAGUGGGAUAAAAGGUGUAUGGCCGGGGGCGUUAGUAGCUCCGCCCCCGGUCAGGCUGAGUAGAGUGAUGGUGGAUGAUUUCGGAUCGAAUUGGGAAUUGAUUCGGGGUUUUAGCGGGCCGGAUUUAAAGGAAGAUGUUUUGGUUAAUGAUGGAGGUGAUAAUGAUGGGGAUGAGGUUAUUUCGAAUGCAGGGCCUUUGAAGUAUAGUAGUACUAGUAUUAAGAACUGGCAGAAGGGGGAGUUUCUUGGAAGGGGGUCAUACGGAACUGUGUAUGAAGGCUUCACCGAACAUGGGUUUUUCUUUGCUGUGAAAGAAGUUUCUCUGCUUGAUGAAGGAAGCCAAGGAAAGCAGAGCAUCGUUCAACUUGAACAGGAGAUAUCUUUAUUAAGCCAAUUUAAACACGAGAACGUAGUUCGAUAUCUUGGGACUGAUACAUGUGAUGGCAAACUAUACAUUUUUCUUGAGCUUGUAACUAAAGGUUCGCUAGCUAAACUUUAUCAAAAGUAUCACUUGGGAGAUUCUCAAGUCUCUGCAUACACCAGGCAGAUUUUGGGAGGGCUGAAUUACUUGCAUGAACGCGACGUGGUUCAUAGGGAUAUCAAAUGUGCUAAUAUAUUGGUAGAUGCAAACGGAUCCGUAAAGCUUGCGGAUUUCGGGUUAGCAAAGGCAACCAAACUGAAUGACAUUAAAUCUUGCAAAGGGACUCCUUAUUGGAUGGCACCAGAGGUUGUUAAUAGGAAGAAUAAUGGUUAUGGGCUUGCAGCUGAUAUAUGGAGUCUUGGUUGCACUGUGUUGGAGAUGCUAACGAGAAAAAUUCCAUACUCUCACUUGGAAGGGAUGCAAGCAUUGUUCAGAAUUGGUAGGGGCGAACCCCCUCCUAUUCCUGACACAUUAUCUGCAGAGGCCCAAGAUUUCAUUCUCAAAUGCUUGCAAGUUAACCAAAAUGAUCGACCAACUGCUGCUCAGCUAUUGAUGCACCCAUUUGUCAAGGCACGGAGUCUGAACCAUGGGGGGAUAUGUUCAUGACAACUGCAACCAAGCCUGGUCCUCAACAAUAUAGCGGCAUAUGUUCAUAGCUUAAGCCUCUUUCAAUUAUAACAAGG